CCUGCUUGCGGACUGAGGGUCGAAUUCACGUUGAAAAUUUAGAGCCGUAUUUGUCUCAAGCUCGAACACCGAGCGCUCCGUCCUGCCGAAGGACUCGCGCACACAUAGUGCAGGAAUGUGCGCGCGCUGUGCACUUUCCUGCACGUGAGCAAAAGCUGCAGCUCCGAACGCUGAACGAAGCAAGCCGAAACUGAGGCUGUCAACGCCGAGCCUACGCGCCAGCAAAAUAUGUGGAAAGACCUACAAAUUCUUACAUUUUAAUACUUUAGCGCGUCGGAUUUGUAACAGGAACUAUUUUGGACUUAUUUGGAUCCAGUUGAAGAGGAGUACGAAGCAAAAAGACAAACAUACGUUGAAUUUUAGUGGAGGCUAACACAGGCCCCUGAAUUGGGGCUCAGCAGCCAUCACAGAAACGGGCAAAGGAGGAAAAACUGGACUAUUAUAAAUACUCAGGCAAAUACACGGAUUUAUAACUUUUACAUAAACUGGACUUGUUUGUGGAAUUUCAUCUUUUGAGGGCGAGAAAAGAAAAACACCUCGAGAAAGCAUAUUCAGUCAAAUUAUUUUCGCUAGUCCUGUAAGCCAGCUAGCUAGGCUAUACAGACGCCUCUACGUGAAACAGGGCUACAAGUAGGAAACGAGGGCCUUAUGUUGAAAUGGUUAGAAUUAAACAAUACCCGUGUUUGUUUGUAUUUCAGGUUGUGACAGGAAAUCAGAACGAAUUUGUUUUUUUCAACCAGUGCUUUGGUUAAAUCCGAUUCGUGACAAGAUCUAGAUUCUUUGGCUCUUAUUGGAAAGUUGAGUAAGGGUGGAGGCCUAAAGUGAUCAAUGGAUGGAAUCCUUCAUUUAGCUAUCCUGGUCGCAAAGUUUAGCGUGUAAAUUUCACCCAAUAUUUUGAUUGAUCGUGUUGAUUAAAAACAGCCUCAUUUUACCCUUUCACCAAAUGCUAUGAAAGCACGCAUAAUGAACUUGUUGGUCACACAUCAAUGUCAUCGUUGAAAUGGGCAUUGGGGUGGGCUAUAGGUUACAUUGCGACCACUUUAAAGAUGUGUAGCCUACAAGUCACCUGCAGUUCGAAUCAUUUCGUGGAUCAAGCACAAAGUCAGUAAGCUUGUUUGUCUUAGUAAUUCAGUCGUCGCAUUUCUCUUGGAUAUCUUCUUUCGCGGGAAGAUGGGCUGCUUGGGUAACAGCAAAACCGAGGACCAGAAGAACGAAGAGAAGGCACAACGGGAAGCCAACAAAAAGAUCGAGAAACAGCUCCAGAAAGACAAACAAAUCUACAGGGCCACACACAGGCUCCUACUUUUAGGUGCAGGGGAGUCGGGAAAGAGCACCAUUGUGAAGCAGAUGCGUAUUUUGCAUGUGAACGGAUUUAAUGCUGAAGAGAAAAAACAGAAGAUACAAGACAUCAAAAACAACAUAAAAGAGGCUAUCGAGACUAUAGUUGCAGCAAUGAAUACUCUAGCUCCACCUGUCCAGCUUGCCUGUCCAGAAAACCAACGACGAAUCGAGUACAUCAUCAACUUAUCAAAUCAGAAAGACUUUGAGUUCACGUCUGAGUUUUAUGAGAAUGCAAAAAAGCUAUGGCAGGAUGAAGGAGUGAAGGCCUGUUACGAGCGCUCCAAUGAAUAUCAGCUGAUCGACUGCGCACAGUACUUUUUAGACAAAAUAGAUAUUGUGCAACAGAGCGACUACACACCAUCUGACCAGGAUCUGCUUCGCUGCAGAGUUCUUACCUCUGGUAUUUUUGAGACAAGAUUUCAAGUGGACAAAGUGAAUUUCCACAUGUUUGAUGUGGGUGGCCAAAGAGACGAACGUCGAAAGUGGAUCCAGUGUUUUAAUGAUGUAACUGCCAUCAUCUUUGUAGUGGCCAGCAGUAGCUACAACAUGGUCAUCCGAGAAGACAAUCAAACCAACCGCCUACAGGAAGCACUUAAUCUCUUCAAAAAUAUCUGGAACAACAGAUGGUUGCGAACAAUCUCUGUAAUUCUCUUCCUAAAUAAGCAGGACCUCUUAGCUGAAAAAGUCUUGGCAGGGAAGUCAAGAAUUGAAGAAUAUUUUCCGGAGUUUGCUCGUUACACCACACCAGACGACGCAACCCCUGAGACAGGAGAGGAUCCACGAGUCACUAGGGCAAAAUACUUCAUCAGGGAUGAAUUCCUGAGGAUCAGCACAGCAAGCGGAGAUGGCCGCCACUACUGUUACCCACACUUCACAUGCGCAGUAGACACUGAGAAUAUUCGUCGUGUCUUCAAUGACUGCCGUGACAUCAUCCAGAGGAUGCAUCUCCGUCAGUAUGAGCUAUUGUGAUUAGACAAGCUCAAUUAAAGGACUUUUUAAACGGAGUUUUUGUGAUUUUAAGGAGGUUAAGAGUGAUGGAUCAUCUAAGAGCUGUUGAUCUGAGGUAUAUGACUCACAACUGUGACCUGCUGACCUACUCUUUAUACUGAGCCCCUUGUACAACCGACCCAAAUAACACAUAUAUACACAAACAUACACAUGCAAAUCAUGCUAUUGGGGACCAAAAGAUCAUGUGUUAUCCAUUUUAAGCAGCAGCUCUAUUAGAAGGCACUAGACUGCAGAUACACUGACUGGGACUUAUGUUUAUUUAAAGUCAGUUGAUGAUCAUAGUAAAUGUACACACAUACACAGGUAUAUCCAAAAUUGCUUUACUUGACAGUUACACACCAUGCUCACAAUUUCCACUUGUACUUCUCAUAAUGGAUUUCCCCCUCAUCAGGGUGUGCACCAGACCACAAACACAGCGGAUCCUGACAGCACUGACUGACAGUCUUGUGCUGAUUUGUGAUACCAACUUCUGAUUCUGAAUCAGAGGACUGUGCUUGACUGUUUCUGGAUCUGCUUGGUUUGUCAGCUCUCUGUAUUAUUUUUUAUGCAGAGAUGGAUUAUUUCUCACAGAAUUUUAAAGAAAGCAGGACACUUAAACAAGAGUGAUACUUAAGACAUAAUCCCAUCACGUAACCUUCUAGGUGCUUUUGGAAAAAAUGGACUCAAAUGAUCACAGCUCUCCACUCCGCAUCUCUGCUCCCUUCUUUGAUGUUCUAAUUUAAUGCAAAGUAAUUGAGAGCACUCACCUCUGGAUAAAAAAAAAACUCAAAGACGACCCUUGCCAACAGAACACUGCUCCCUUAUUCCUUUUAGUCCUUGUCAUCUUCCCAGUCCUCUUUUUCCUUAUUUCUUUGUCUUUCUUCCCUCUCCCUCUGUUUUACUGCUGGACUAUUAUUCUUGUACAGACUGCAAAAUGUAUUAUUUUGUACUUUAUGGAAAAAAAGACUUGUAGAAGUCCCUGUGCCUUGAUCACAACACUGCGUGUAAAAAAGAGCUAAAGGCGUAAGGUAUGUCUCUGCGCUGUAUUGCUUAGAUACUUAGCCACCCUUCCUAUGAAUCAGUUGAGCCUCUCUGCUGCCCUUUUUUUUCUCUCCCCUUUAUGCUUCUCACAUUGUAUUAAACCAGAUUGUUUUACACCCAUAGCUCCCACCCAAAAAAGAGAGAAGUAAUAAUUAGAACAAAUAUGGAUGUAAAGUCAGUUUCUUGGUUUUAAUUUAAUCAAGCAAUCAUUAACUCUUUUGUGCACUUCAUGUUAAUGUGCAUUACUGCAACUACAGUCCUGUUCCCAUUGUGCUGGAAAAUACUUACCUUUAUGUUUUAUUUCAGUUUUAGCUUUAAUGUUAAAGGUGAUGGGGAGGGAGGGGAUAUCCAAAUGCAAAACCUGGCUUGUUUCUACAUUAAUUCAAUUUUUUCCUAACUAAAGAAGUCGCCAAAAUA